AUUUCAACGCGCCGUCGCACGUCCCCGGCUGUAGCAGGUUUAGCGUGUGUCUCCGUGUCUCCGUGGGUCAACCGCCCGGUCACAUUUGACAUCUAGUCCCCGUCCCGUGUGUCGCCAUGUCCCGCUGUCUCGCCUUGGCUCGGUUCGCCCUCGGUUCUUGUCGGAGGACGGCUUCUCCGCUAACGUCAUGUGCGCGGGGCCUGAGCGUGAGAAGUGCGGCGCCCCUCGUUCCCAGAGACCUGCAGGUUGGACGGCAGCAGAGGUGGAGCGGUCGAUCCAGGGUGUGGAGCUCGCAGUGGUCCGGCCUCGGCUUCAGCCAGCAGUCUUACUACAGCACCCAGGAGGUAGAGAAGGACCCAGAGGAGGAGCCUCUGCACACCAUCAUCAGCGAUACGGAGUCUGUAGAAGGUAAUUUUUCCAAACAUGAGUUUCAGGCUGAAACAAAAAAGCUGCUGGACAUUGUCGCCAGGUCCCUGUACUCUGAAAAAGAGGUUUUCAUCAGGGAGCUGAUCUCUAACGGCAGCGACGCUCUGGAGAAACUGCGCCACAAACUGAUCACGGGUGGCGGUGACACGGCUCCUAUGGAGAUCCACCUGCAGAGCGAUGCCGCAAAAGGCACCUUUACCAUCCAGGACACAGGAGUUGGUAUGACCCAAGAGGAGCUGGUGGCCAACCUGGGGACUAUCGCCCGUUCUGGCUCCAAGGCAUUUUUGGAUGCUCUCCAGAACCAGGCGGAGGCCAGCAGCACCAUCAUCGGUCAGUUUGGCGUCGGAUUCUACUCCGCCUUCAUGGUGGCCGACCGCGUGGACGUGUACUCUCGCGCCGCUGAGCCCGGCUCGCCCGGGUACAAGUGGUCCUCAGACGGCUCUGGAGUUUUUGAGAUUGCUGAGGCCAGUGGCGUCCAGCAGGGGACGAAGAUUGUGCUUCACCUGAAAGAGGACUGCAAGGAGUUUGCCACUGAGGACAGAGUGAAAGAUGUUGUAACAAAGUACAGCAACUUCGUGAGCUUCCCCAUCUUCCUGAACGGACGGAGGCUCAACACUCUGCAGGCCUUGUGGAUGAUGGACCCAAAGGAAAUUAGCGACUGGCAGCACGAGGAAUUCUACCGGUACGUCGCCCAGGCGUACGACAAGCCCCGCUACACCCUGCACUACCGCGCCGACGCCCCGCUCAACAUCCGCAGCAUCUUCUACGUCCCCGAUGCCAAGCCGAGCAUGUUCGACGUGAGCAGGGAGAUGGGCUCCAGCGUGGCGCUGUACAGCAGGAAGGUCCUGAUCCAGACCAAAGCCGCUGACAUCUUACCCAAGUGGCUGCGCUUCCUUCGAGGUGUGGUGGACAGUGAGGACAUUCCCCUGAACCUGAGCAGAGAGCUGCUGCAAGAGAGCGCCCUCAUCAGGAAGCUCCGUGACGUCCUGCAGCAGAGAGUGAUUCGCUUCCUGCUGGAGCAGAGCAAGAAGGAGCCGGAGAAGUACAACAAGUUCUUCGAGGACUACGGCCUCUUCAUGAGAGAAGGCAUCAUCACCACCCAGGAGCAAGACGUCAAGGAGGACAUCGCCAAGCUGUUGAGAUACGAGUCGUCGGCUUUGCCAGCCGGCCAACAUACUAACCUGGUGGAGUACUCGUCCCGCAUGAAGGCCGGGACGCGCAACAUCUACUACCUGUGCGCCCCCAACAGACAUCUAGCAGAGCACUCGCCCUACUACGAGGCCAUGAAACAGAAAGACAUGGAGGUGCUGUUCUGCUACGAGCAGUUCGACGAGCUGACCCUGCUCCACCUCAGGUCCUUCGACAACAAGAAGCUGAUCUCGGUCGAGACCGACAUCGUGGUGGAUCACUACAAGGAGGAGAAGUACGAGGAAAAUAAGCCAGCGUCCGAGCGCCUCACACAGGAGCAGGCCGACGACCUGAUAGCGUGGAUGAAGAACGUUUUAGGUUUCAGAGUCACCAACAUUAAGCUGACUCCUCGUCUCGACACCCACCCAGCCAUGAUCACCGUGCUGGAAAUGGGCGCCGCACGCCACUUCCUCCGCACCCAGCAGGUGGCGCGCAGCCCCGAGGAGAGGGCGCAGAUACUGCAGCCAACGCUGGAGAUAAACGCAGGACAUGAUCUGAUCAAGAAGCUGCAAGCGCUGAAGGACACAAACUCCGAACUGGCUGGAUUGUUACUGGAACAGAUCUAUGACAACGCCAUGAUCGCGGCAGGUCUGAACGACGAUCCCCGGCCCAUGAUUUCCCGCCUCACCGACCUCCUGACUAAAGCUUUGGAGAAGCACUGAGAGUCACCUGCAGACACCAGCAGUGCAGACUGUGUUUAGAUGACAGCGGCUUGUAGGUCAGAGCUGGAGGACUGCAGAACGCCACAGGCCGCUGUUCACCUGGAGCCAUCAUUUCUUUCACAUCCCCCCCCCCCUCUGGAGUGCUUUUAGUUCCCGAUGAUGGAGCGCACGGGAAAAGGCUUAAAAAGGAAAAAAACUGCUUCUACGUCUAUACUCCUGAACCAUUUUCCUUCAGAGUUUCAGUUUGUGUUGGAUUUCAUCGGCCGGCUGGGUGCGGUUAACGCCUGUCAGUCACAUUCCUGUCACGCCCUUUUUAAAAACGGUUGUGUGUUAAAUGUUGACAUGCUGUUCAAAAGAGCAGGUACCACCAAAAUAAAUCAGCUACACAAAAAAAAGAAUUAAGUGAGUGAGAUGCAUUGAAUGUUGAACCUGUUGAAAUAAAAUGUUAGUGCAGCUAAUGACACGACUGACAUGUCGUAACCCCCUUGUCUUUCUCUAUGAACCUGUCUUUUUGUUAUAUUUAUGUUCACUCUUGUGGUUCAUUAGCAGCCUAAAAUUGUAUGUAAGGUGUGUAGCUGUCAGUGUUGUCGAACCAGGCUUUCUUUGCAAGUACUUGUCAACCUCACUGGUAAUCUUGGCUGGUUGCUCCCCCGUCCACAUCAACUUACAGAAAUAAAACACGUUUCAGGAAAAUGAAAAAGAAGAAGCGUCAAAUCCAGAAUUUACUUCAAAAUACAAUUUUACUGCAUUUCAAAGUAACAUCUCUGCUGUGAGGGCGAGUACGAGGAAACCCUCCGCUUCAAGGCGUCAUCCUCACGUGUGUCACAGACUGGAUGUUUGGAGAUGAUGGGCAGAUGAGUUCAAAUAAAGUGAUUCUCAGUA